ACCGAAAUAUAAACAAUGUCAUUCUUUAGGCAAUUGUUUUGUACUGUCGUGGUGAGCUACUCCUGCCUGACGAUGAGCGUGACGUUGACCUGGCCCUCAUCAACCCUCCUGCUGUUCCGUUCCGAAAACACCACGCUGCACCGCCCCAUGACGGAGGCUGAGCAGGCGCUCUUGGGGAGCCUGUCCUCCGUUGGAGCCAUGAUCGCUACGCCAAUCGCUGGAUAUCUUUCGGAUGUUAAAGGACGGAAAUUUUGCGUGGUUAUGAUGUCGUUGAUGCACGUUAUCUGCUGGUCAAUGAUAAUAAUCUCAAAUCGAGUGGAAGCGGUGCUCACAGCCAUGUUCAUGUCAGGCAUCGGCAGCGGUAGUUUCUUCGUCACCCCCGUUUAUAUCAGCGACUUUUGCCAAGAAUCCAUAAGAGGCCAGAUGACUUCAGGAACCGUAGUCUUCUACGCCAUAGGAACGAUAAUCUCAUACAUAGUUGGUGGAUAUUUGGACUACUUCAAGAAUGUCUACGCUUGUCUUGGAAUUUCGGUGCUUGGGGUCAUGCUGCUAGGUCUGAUGAAAGAGUCGCCUUUGUUCCUGAUGAUAAAGGGGAGAGAACAGGAAGCCAAAGAAUCUUUAGCUUUCUUCAGACACGUGAAGCCCGAUUCGAAGGAGGUGCUACAAGAGAUCGAGACCAUUCGGCGCGGACUAAACCCUGAAAUGGACGACCCAGGUACGCCAGAAGAGGAAUGCAAAUUGAAACCCAUUUCGGGGAAGAAGAAUUUAUCGAUGUUUCAAUUUAUAAAUAAGUCCUACUCGACCCGUCGUGCCCUCGCCUCCGCAAUAGUCCUCUUGACACUGUCGAUAUUCCAAGGCCUAAUCGUGAUGCAGGUGUACGCAGAGCCACUGUUCACCGAGGCCAUUCCCAGCAUGUCACCGACCAUCUCCAGCAUUCUAUUCUCCACGGUCACGUUCAUAGUUGGCCUCGUCACUGCUUACCUUACAGACAUUGUUGGCAGAAAGCCCUUAAUGCUGUACUCUUCGCUCGCCGCCUCGGCAAGCUGCAUACUCCUAGGCUCGCAGAUCCAUCUACACUGGGCUCCUCAUAGCGCGACUGCUGUCUUCAUAUACAUGUUCUGCGUGGCGUAUACCAUGGGAGCGGGCACUAUCCCUUACGUGACUAGCCCUGAGCUGUUUCUUCCUGAGGUAAAAAGCUUCGCCAACAUGCUGGUAACGGAAUGGAUUUGGCUCUGCACCUUCAUCAUCCUGUUCGUGUUCCAACCACUCGUGUCCGCCAUUGGGCUGGGGCCAGUCUUCUACAUUUUCGCCGUCAUUUGCUUUGCUUCGGCAGUUUUUACACACUUUUGUUUGCCAGAAACUAAAGGAUUGCCCGUCGAUGAGAUACAGAAGCUGUUUAGCAAGAAACGUAGUAGUUGUUACGCAUGAUUGGUUUUUAUUAAAUG